GACACGGAAAACAUACAUAUAUAUAGUUCCAAUACAGUAGACUGUUGGUAGUCGUACCGGACACUAGUUCCUGGUCACUUCUGAAGAUGUUUCUGCUAGGAGUUUAUGUGGUUUGCUUGGCGUCACAAGUAACAGCAGAAAGUCCCAGGGAGCGGCUGAAAUCUCUGAGUAAUGAUUACUGGACCUUUCGAAUGAAGAUAGAGCCAUCUGUCGCCACUUUUCUUGGGGACUACAGCUUCAACGGUGAUUUACGUAACUACACGCAUGCGCAGUUUGAUGCAGAUAAGGCUCAAACAGAAGACUUCCAGCGGAGGUUGAGAGCUAUCUCCCGCAGAGAUUUGUCCCGUUCUGACAGAGUAACUUAUGACUUGCUGCAGAACAUCUUUAAAACAUUCAUAGACGGAUAUGAAUGGCGCAGGUAUGGGUCCCUAACCCCUGUCAACUUCCUCGAGGGCCCUCACAAGCACUGGGGUGUUCUAAUAGACAGCACACCUUUCAACACGGAAACCGAUUUCCAAGAUUUUCUAAACAGAUUGAAAGCGCUCGUCAGACAGAUUGGUGAAACGAUAACACUCAUGAAGGAGGCCAUUCGUUUGGGCAGAACUAAUCACCGUGCGUCUAUGAAUCGCGUGCCGGACGAAAUCACCAGUCAAAUAAUAGAUGUUCCGAUCCAAAACUCAACAUUCUUCAAACCUUUCCAAGGCAGAUUAAACGACGCACAGAAUAUUUCAGACGCCACAAAGUUACGCCUGCGCAUAGAUGCUGAGGACAUCAUUGGGACAAUGGUGGUCCCUGCUUUUCGAAACCUGUCCGACUUUAUCUCCCAGGAAUAUCUGCCCAAUACGAGGCAGGGCUAUGGAGUAGGUUCACUCGAUAAUGGCACAGCUUAUUAUGAGGCCGCUUUGAAGUUUUACAUAUCGACUGAUCAGACCCCGCAGGAAAUUCACAAGCAAGGACUUGAGGAGGUGGAGCGAAUUUCUGCACUCAUGAUGGAGAUAAUCAAAGAAAAUGGUUUUAAUGGCACUAUCCGAGAAUAUAUUUUAAGCCUAGGGAAGAAUCCAGAAUUUUACUUCAACACUUCAGAGGAAUUGUUAGCUUUUGUGGAAGACAUAGUGGAAAACAGAAUUCAGCCAAAACUUAAAGACCUCUUCAAGAUAGACCCUGGAAUCAAACUCGAAAUACGCCCCAUGCCGUCCAACGGGCCAGCUGCGUAUUAUUUCAACGGAAACGAGGCUGGCAAGCCCGGUAUUUACAUGGUGAACUUGUUCAAACCCAAAACAAAACUGAAGCUGGGGUUCAUGGCGCUUUCAUUGCACGAGGGGAACCCGGGACACCAUAUGCAGAUGAGUUACGCACUAGUUGCUAACAAGGAUUUACCCAAGUUCCGCCGAAACCCAUUAAUUGACAUGUACAGCCGGGCCCCCUUUAACUUUCCCUUCUACACAGCAUAUAGCGAGGGCUGGGGUCUCUAUGCGGAGUACCUGGGAGAGGAGAUGGCGGCAUAUAAGGAUAACAACGAAAUGAUUGGUCGCUACUCCUAUGAAAUCUUCAGAGCGGUGCGUCUUGUGGUGGAUACUGGUCUCCAUGUCAUGGGUUGGAGUCGCGACCGGGCCAUCCAGUAUUUGGCCAACUACACCGAGAUGUCCUUAGAAUCGGCCGCCAUAGAGAUCGAUCGCUACAUCACGUGGCCCGGCCAGGCAUGCGCGUACAAGAUCGGCGAAAUGAAACUGAAAGAGCUGCGGCGCCGUGCUGAAAAAGCACUAGGGUCUAAAUUUGACAUCAAAGAGUACCAUCACCAGGUCCUCUCAAUCGGAGCGGUGCCACUCCAUUUGCUAGAACAGCAAAUUGAUGACUGGAUAUCUGCUACGGUCAGCAGCGCGGCCAAGACAAGCCCUGGUGUGGGUGGCGGCAUAUUGCUCACUUUUGCUGUUCUUGGAGUGUUUCUACUUAAACAAGAUAAUCUCAUUUAGAAAUAAACACCGGACAGCCAUCAGACUGUUUUUUCAGUCAGUGCGUGGCAAGCGUAGCCUCUUUCAACAUCGUAUAAACAUGUAUGGUGUUUCUUCGGUACACUUGCUUAGAGAGAGGCGCUCAACCUUGGGCAAACCCUU